CCAUGACAGCCAUUGCAAAUUUUUGUUCCAAGUCCGGUCAUUUCGCAUACAGGUUCUACAGCUGAUUCCAUUUCCGUUUCGUUCCUCAUGUUUCAAAACGGCGCGCUGCGCUUUAAUGAGUGAUCCCGCAGCGGUAUUUGUUAACAUUUACAAUCAAUACAUAUAUUUAUGUAGACAAAGCUGUCCAAAUAAGUUAUUUGUGCUUUUUUAUAGCACCUAUUAUGGCGUCUGGACAAGAAAGAUUAAAACUGAAACGCACUCUUUGUGACACCUGGAGUACCAAAGAGCAGCUCUGCUUAGCAUCCAGUGUCCUAAAAUCAGGCGAUCAAAACUGGAUGAGCGUUUCACGAUGUUUGAAAUCAUUUCUUGAAAAAGAAUCCCAAAGACCACCUGACUGGUUCUCCCAAAAAUCUUGCGCUGUCCAAUACGCGCAUUUGUUAGAAAACUCCGACACACCAAAAAGAAAGAAAAAGGAAUGUACCGAAACAACAGGAGAAUCUAUCGUAAAAAGACUAACUCAAGAGAGAAUGACAGAGAUAGGUCAGAUCUUAGCAUCCCAAAGGGAUGAAUACCAACAACUUAAAAGCGAAUUAAAUCUUUUUAAAACCGGAAACAUUUCAGAAGAAAAGCUCCAAAAGAUGUAUCUUCAAAUCGAGCUGGAUGAACGAGAGCAAGAACAAAAGGGCAGGGCUCACUCUGCCUGGCUCGCAAAACGACAAAAACAAGAUGCACAAACUCCCGCAAGUCUCAAUUACACAAUUCAAAGAAAGUCAGAAAGUUCAGAUGGUCAUGACACCUUGGAUCCUUGCUCCACAGACGACGAAGAUAAGAAAAACAAGGGCGGCAGAUCUCCUCUCCUUACUAGUUUAUUAAAAUCACCCAGCCCAACGACUCAAAUUCAGGCACAAACAUCUUCAGCACAAGUAACAUCUCCGACAAUCGCUAGUCUAUUAGGUUCCAGUCCCAAAAUCCCAAAUCCACAGUUGACUCAAACUGUCUCGCCUCAACUUCAUCAGCUGGUCUCAACUGCAAUCGCCAAUGCAACUCCGGAAAGACCUUCAGCUGGAGCUCCAACUCUUUCCAUGUUGCUAGAACUCCCUGCGAAUUUGCAGAGAACCACUCUUCCUAAUUUACAACAUCAUAGCUCCACUACGAAUCUCGCCCAACAAAAUAUAAACCUUCAAAUAAUGCAGGUGGAGAAUCAACGAGGGAAUGUCCAACUCAUGGAGCCCACUGUAGCUCCAGGGAAUUUGUCUGCUUCAGAAAUCAUAGAUCAUAUUGACAAAGUGAUUCCCAAGGAUAUAAUGGCUGAUGUGAUGGACAAGGACGAGAUUAAUGAGAUUAUCGGGGAUAUUGAGGAAUUAAUCAAGGGAGAGAUAAUUCAGAAUCCUCAGGCUUUAGACCCCGGAACAGCGCGAGUCAUGGAGACCUUGAUACCUCAACCUCCAGUUUUACCUGAAAAACAAGAGAUAACAAAUUUCCCGGUAGCUGUAUCCUUGACUGAUUCUCCAGAAAACGAGGUCGCCGUCGAGGAGAUUGACUCUAGCAAUUCUAAUAUCGCAGAAAUUAUUGGAACAGUUGCUGUUGAGAAAAGUACUCCUCAGGACGUUAAGGAAGUAGAAUCCAAAUCGGGGGAAAUAGUUGAGCCUGAAAUAAGUGCAAAAUUAAUUGUAGAUUCAAAAAACGACAAGGCUGAGGCUGAAAAAAGCUUUGACUCGACAGAGAAUUCAAAGUUAGACAUUGAAACGAGAUUAAAGGAGAGUAAAGAAGAAACUAGCGAGGACGCAACAAAAUCUAGUAAAGAGGAUGUAAAACAAGAUACAACAAAGAAGGAAAUGAAGGAGAAUUUAAAGAAUGUGAAAGAGAAUUCAAAAAAAGAAACAAAGGAAAAUGUGAAAGAGAAUGUUCUCCAGGCCCUAGAAGACUCACCUCUCGAGCAGUCGAAACAGAGUUCUGAAAAGGAGAAUUCUAAUGAGAAGGUAUCCAAAGAACCUGAUGAAACUCAUGAUGUUAAAGACAUGGACCAACUGGAGCUAAAUCUCGCAAAAAUAACGGGUGAUCAGGAUGCACCUUGUCCAGAAGUUUUGAGUGUAUCUUCCGAUGAUCAUCCUAGUGCAGAAGACACAGAAAAAUCUCAGGAUAUCAGUUUGAUUCUCGAGGAUGAAGUAAUUACGCCGAUUCCUCAGGAAAAGGAAAAAGACGUGGAGGAAAUAUCUGUGGUAGAACCCCCUGCUAAUGUUACGGAAUCAUCAGCAUCUUCUAAGGAAGAUGUCGUAAUCAAGGAAGAGAGUGGUGAAGAAGAGAAGGACGAGUCUUUGAAGAAUGCUAAGGAAGAGUCGAAAAAACUCCUCGACCUUGAGACGGAGAAUUCUAAAAAAGAGGAUAAAAAAGAUUUGUCUGAUAAAACUUUAAAUACAGUUAUAGAAGAGGAUUCGGAAGACCUGAAAAAAGAAGAACAAGACAGUGUGAAAGAAAGCGAGCCUCCAAAGGAAACGGAUAACUUCCCGAGCGAGGAUCUUAUCAAGGAUGAAGAAAUAAAGUUGGAGUUCACAAAAGAAGUGGAUAAAUUCCGAGAGGAAACUUUGACUCAUGAAGGAUUGAAGGAUGAAAAGGAGAUUAAAGAGGACAAGGAAGAUAAGAAGAAUAUUGACUUAGAUGUAGGCGUAAGAAAAGAGCAGGACGGGUUUUCGGAAAAUGUAGGAGAAAUAGAUGAGGAGGAAUCGCCUUUAAGUAAGUUGAGUGGAGGAAGAGCUAUGAAGACUUAUUCGAAGAGACAAACUGUUGCAGUAGAUAGUGAACCUGAGAUGGAAGGAAGCAUAGAGAGUGCUGACUAUAGGGCUUGGAAGAAGGCCGUUAUGUUGGUUUAUAAUAGAUUGGCGACGCACAAGUACGCAUCGGCUUUCCUUAGACCUAUCACUGAAGAUCAGGCUCCGGGCUAUCAUUCUAUUAUUUUCAGACCUAUGGAUUUGUCUACUAUUAAGAAGAAUAUUGACAAUGGGACCAUCAGGUCCACGAGGCAUUUUCAGCGAGAUGUUAUGCUUAUGUUUCAAAACGCCAUCAUGUACAACAAACAUGAUACAUUUGUUUAUAAGAUGGCCAUCACGAUGCAAGAAGAAUGUCUACAACAUAUGCAGAUUUUAGUGCAGGUGACUGGCGAAAUGUCGUUUCGCAGAGAAACUAGAACAGCAGCAAGCAGUAGCAGCGAAGCAAGUGAAUCUGGUGUAAAAAGAAAGAGAAGUCACAUUACACCGAGUCCUCAUGAUACCGAUAGUCCUCGAGGAAAGAAGCGUCGAAAGUCUGAAAAUGACUAAUUAGUGGUAAUCAAUUUUGAUAAAAUGUGGUUUACAUGUGUAUGAAACUGUUACGCCUCACGAAACAGUCGGUGAUUUUUUUUCAUAUUGAAAUUAAUGUGGGUGUGAAUGAUGACGCAUGUAUGUGAAAUGAUAAUUUUAAUAAUAACGGGUGAAAGUGAUAGGAGUAAUCAAAAUGUGUAUAAUGUCGAAAGCUGGAUAGACUCCGACGAAACAAAAUAUCUGACUACGAAAUUAAAUAGAAUCAGCUUCUAUUUAUAUCCAUUUUUGAAAGAAGGCCAUGAUGAAACUUGAACUUUAAGGCCUUAACGUUACAUACAAUAUACUAUGUGAACUGUAAAACUAAUUUUAAAAAAAUAGUAAACUUAAAUGUUCAGGGAAAGCGGCUCUACACUGUUGCUUAAUUCAUCGAUGUAUUUAUGGUUUUUAUCUGAAUUUUACUUAGAAAUUGUUAAGGUUUUUUACUGUUUACUUUUGCUUUCGUUAUUAGAAAUCAGUUUCGAAAACGGAAACAGUCCUCUGUAAUUUUACGUAUUAAAUCUGAGAAUUUUUGUAUGUUUUUGACAAAUCCGUAUGAUAUUUGUAUUUAAUGUAUCAAAUUGAAGAAGUAAAAUGUUUUGUUACAUUUGAUAUAUUUUCUAAAUAGGAAUAAACGGAUUAACG